AUGGCGACUCUCAGCCCUUCGAGUGCUUCGGGUGAGCCGGCGACGAAUCAGCUCAGUUCGUCGGCGAUUCCGCAGCCCGGCUCCUCUUCCCGCGAAAAACUUAUUGCUCAGCACGUUCCAUCUGCCAGCGCUUACGAGGCCGCGACGGCAACAGCGCAGUCGGCGCCACUUGAAGUGAAAGCCUACCGCGCGGGCCCUAAUCAACUCCCUGAUGGACGACUUUUCUGGGCAACCAAGACGCGAAUGGUUCCGCGGCGCUUGCCUCUAGAGUACCUUCGAACGAAGGCAGAUGAAGGGGCAACUGCGUUCAAACGCGCAGUCCUGGACGAGAUACGCAAAAUGAAGGAAGAGCAGUACCGCCCCUGCCUUCAGGACAGCACCGACUGGGAAACGACCCCCCGAGCAAAGCACGAAGAUGUCAUUGUGUUCCAUAAGGAGUUCGUCGUCGAAAUGGGGUCAAUUGAGCAGAUCGUGCUGAACGGAAGAGAAGCCUCCUUUCGGUACAACUUCGGCGUCCUGACCGAGGAGGACCAAGAAUUCUUUGCAGACUUCUUCAAUCUCCGUUGUCUAAAAAUGCUCUACUGCGGUCUGACGUCAUUCGAAAAUAUCCCACGGUUCCAAUUCCUGCGAGAACUGGAUCUCACCGGAAACCAAAUAACAAACUUCAAGGGCCUGCUCUGCUUCAGAUACCUCAGAGUUGUCAAGCUCUGCGACAACAGGGUCACAACGCUAAAGCACUUUCCCUUCUCACCCGGCUUAGAGGACCUUGACUUGUCUCGCAAUCCAUUCAACGGGAGUCUUGAGCGACUUGUUGAACGCGCCAAUCAUCUAAGGAUUUUGAGACUGCGCAUGACACCUAUCUCCGACCCUGAGCACCUCCUCCCACUCAUGCCAAAGCUGGAGCUGAUUGAUCUCGGAAACACACCGAUUGUCUACAAUACGCCCAGCUUUGCACGUCUUGCCCCUCUUCAAUCGAAGAUCAUCUUCUAG